AUGGCGAAUUCCAUACUCAUUCACUCACUCAUUUACCAUCUAUCUCUCUCUAUAUCUAUCUAUCUAUCAAAUAUCUGUUCAUAUCUAUCUAUCACAUCUGUUCAUAUAUAUCUAUUUAUCAUGGUCUGUUUAUAUCUCUGUUCAUAUCUAUCUAUCUAUCUAUCUAUCUAUCUAUCUAUCUAUCAGUCUGUUUAUAUCUAUCUGAGUCUGUUCAUACCUAUCUAUCUAUUUAUCUAUCUAUCUAUCUAUCAUAGUCUGUUGAUAUACAAAUAUCUAUCAAAGUCUGUUCAUAUCUAUCUAUCUAUCUAUCACAGUCUGUUUAUAUCUAUCUAUAUCGUUCUAUUCAUAUCUAUUUAUCUAUCUAUCAAUCAAGCUUUCUUUUCUUACUCACUUCAGGAGUCACUGAGAAAAGAAAACCUAGAUAUUAGAGAGGACAUUAAAAGAUUGGGAUUCAACCUCUAUUUAACCUCUCUCACUUUUCCCUUUCCAAUCUCUCUUUCCCUCUGUCUCUAUUUCCUUUGGCCUCUAUCGUCACCCUUUUCCCUUUUCCUAUCUCACUUUCCCUCUGUCUCUCUUUCCUUUGGCCUCUAUCUUCACCCUUUUCCCUUUUCAUAUCUCUCUUUCCCUCUGUCUCUCUUUCCUUUGGCCUCUAUCAUCACCCUUUUCCUAUCUCACUUUCCGCCUGUCUCUCUUUCCUUUCGCCUCUAUCUUCACCCUUUUCCCUUUUCCUAUCUCUCUUUCCCUCUGUCUCUCUUUCCUUUGGCCUCUAUCGUCACCCUUUUCCCUCUCUCAGUUUUCCCUUUUCAUGCUCUCUUUCCCAAUAUCUGUGUUUACCUUGGCCUCUCUUCUCGCUCUUUCCCUUUCUCUUCUUUCCUUGUCUCUAUUUUCUUUGGCCACUCUCUCACUUUUAACUCUCCUUUCUCUUUUUGCCUCUCUCUCUCUCUUUCUUCCCUCUCCCUACUCACUCUCUCCUACUCUCUGCCUGUAUCCCCUCACUUUAACCUCGACAUUCUCUCUUUCCCUCUCUCUUCUGAUUCCUUCUCUCUUUUCUCUCUGUCUCUAUUUCGCUCUAUCACUUUUCCAUAUUGCUUCUCUCACUCUGUCUCUUUCUCUCUAUUUCACUUGGCCCACCUCUCACUUUUCCCUCUACCAUCUCUGUCUCUCUCUCUCUCACCCUCUCUCUCUCUCUCUCACCCUCUCUCUAUCUAUCUCUCUAUUCCCCUUGGCCCCUCUUCUCCCUUUCCCUCUCCCUUCUCUCUUUCCUACUCUCUCUCUUUUCCUUAG